AUGGCAACUGGAGCAGAAAUCAUGACCGGUGGCUCUUCCUGGCCCAUUCAGCUCUCAAUUCCUCUUCCAAGAGCUCCUGAUACCAGAAUACACAUGCACCUUACCAUCCAAACAACCUCAAUCCUCUUGUUCCUUACCACUACGAUGAAUGGAGGCACAUCAACCACGGUACCACUGGGAUCUUUUGUCUACGCACUUCCAGAUAGGCUGAACCUUGGCCAAACGCUCUCAACCCCUCUUUACACGCACGAAUCCUCAUUGGAGUUCACGACACGCCUUGCAAAGCUUCUUGCGCACAAGACCAAAAAGUCGGUCUAUGUUGGGAACUCCAUAAGCUUCACGAGCGCGGGUAUGGGCGGAACAGUGGAAGAGGAAAUGGAAGGAUUCAAGAAGGUGGUUGAUGUUGUGCUGGAGGAGGUUCAAAAGAUCAGCGGAGAGCAGCGAAACGGCAUUUGA